ACGAGUGAAGCGAAAAGCACGCUCGUCGGGCUCUCGUCUUUUCACGGUUUUCUUAAACCGCGCGUGCUUUGUGGUCCACAAACGAAGGGUAGCGAGACGCAGCUCCUCCCAUCCGUCAAACCCUUCUAUUUUUGCUUGUGUACAACAGAGUGGUGCAGCUUCCUCGGAGAACAUUCUUUUCACUUCCGAAUAACGAACCGCAGCGCAAAAAGAUCGCGACAAUUCGACGACAAAAGGCGUGUGUGCACGCUCGUGUGUAUGUGUAUGUGUUUGUGUACGAGGGUCUGUUGGUACCAAGAAACAGUUAGAAAAAGAAAGGGAGCGGCGGCACGCUUGAGCAGCGAGGAGAAAGGGAGAGCGCAACUUGCAGUCGUCUAAGCAAGCCGCUACAAAACGCGGUGCGCCCUCUACAGUUCGCGGAGGGUUUUUUUUGUUGUGCGCGCGACAGCGAAAAGACGUGCUGCGAGCGGUUCGCGCUUGCAAGAGCGAGACCGAGCACGCUACCGUCGGAAGUCAAGAUGGCCGAUCUGGACGCAGUAAAUCUUGGGCUGGAUGAAACGGAACGGGACAUUGCUGAGGCGCUGGAAAAUUCUUACGACACCCGGUCGGAAGCGUCCGCUGAUGGCGAUGCGGAGGUUGACGGUUCGCAUCCGAGCAUCAGCUCCGUAAGCUCGGAUGAAUCCGACUCCGACAGUGACAAGGAGCAGGAGGAGGACGAGGAAGCGGAAGCGGUGGAAGAGAAAAAGAAAAAGAGCGUUGCAAAUGUUGCCGGGAAGAAGGCUUCCUCCGGGGUAAAGGAUAAACAGGUUGCAAAGAAGAAGAAGAAGAAACCGGCUGCAGCGGAUGCGACCGACAAGGAUGCGGACGAUGCGAAUGAUGCUGAGGAACAGGGGGAUGAGGACGACGAAGAAGACCAAGAAGAGGAAGAGGAGGACGACGAAGACGAUGAAGAUGAUGACGACAACGACGACGAUGAAGAUGACGACGACGACGAUGAUGAUGAUGAUGAUGAUGAUGAUGAUGAGGAUACAAGGCGUAGCAAGCGUGCGAAGAAAGUGAAAACAGCAUCCGAGAAGGCAAAGAACAAGAAGGUGGUAUCGAACAACAAAACUGCCAAGCAGCAACAGCCGGCUAAGAAAAAGAAAACGGUUGUCACGACGACCAAAGAGGUUGGUGACAAGUCGGCAACGGCAAUCGAAAAGGCGAAGAAGAAAAAGGGCAAAACCGAGGUCGCACCGGAGACGAAGAAAAAAGCGGCCGGCAAGAAGAAAGGAGACAAGGAAGCAUCCGCCUCGGCAGGCGGCGGAGCAUCCAGCAAUGGGCCGGAAGAUGGCGAUACGACUGUUGCCAAUAACAACAAUAGCAACAACACGAGCACUAGCAGCAGUAGCAGCAGCAGCAGCAGUAGCAGCAGCAGCGACGGUGGGGGCAGCAAGAAGGAGGAUCAAAAGUCUCGUAGCCGGAGCCCGGCAUCCGGCGCACCGGAAGCGAAGCGGAGCCGAACAAAGGCAACCGGCGGCGGUGCGUCCGCCGCGAAGAACUCCGUCAAGUCGUACGAUUACGUGACAAAGAUAAACUAUCUGUUUCGCGAGACGCGAUUCUUUUUGAUCAAAUCAAACAACCACGACAAUGUAGCGCUCUCGAAGUCGAAAGGUGUCUGGUCCACGUUGCCACCGAACGAAGCGAACCUAAACCAAGCGUUCCGCGAGAGCCGCAACGUUAUUCUGUUGUUCUCGGUGAAGGAGAGUGGAAAGUUUGCCGGGUUCGCCCGAAUGGCAGCGGAAGCAAGGCGCGACCUGCCGGCCGUGGAUUGGGUGUUACCGCCGGGAAUGUCAGCGAAAGCCCUCGGUGGCGUGAUAAAGAUCGAUUGGGUGUGCAAGAAAGAGCUCUCGUUCACGAGUACGACCCAUUUGUACAACGCCUGGAAUGACGAUAAGCCGGUCAAGAUUGGGCGCGAUGGGCAAGAGAUUGAGCCGAAGGCGGCUGAAGAGCUGUGCCGAUUGUUCCCCGAGGACACCAGCAUCGAGAUGACGCCGAUUCUGAAAAAGUCCAAGGAAGCAUCGAAGCUGAUGAAAGAAAAGGCCGCUUCGAAAUCGUUCCGCCGGCCGCCUAACUUUUCACGCCCAACAUCGUCGUCGUUGCGCAGCCGCAGCAGCGGUGGUGGAAGCGGUACAGGUACUGGGGGAGGAAUCGGUCCGAUCAGACGCGGAGGAAGACGUAUGUAUCCCGGUGGUGGCGGUGGCGGUGGAAAAUCAUCUACCGGCGUUGGAAUGGGAAGUCGAUCUCAUGGGGGAGCACCGAUGUUUACCCCGUAUCGCAAGGACCGGCACGGGCCUGGGUUAGGUGGGCGUCACGGGGGACACUCGGGUGGCUCCUCGGGUGGUCCACGGAUGGGUAUGGGAAUGGGAGGUAACGGUGGUGACGUUGGAGAUCGUGGUGGAGGUCUAUCACGCGGAGGAGUUCUCGGUGCGAUGCAUCAUCAUCAGGCACACCAUCAUCGUUGGGGCGAUGGAUACAGCUCAACCGCGGCCGCCGAAGCAUAUGUCGCGGAUUAUAUGCGCACCAUGCAGAACCAGUUACCGCCCAUGCCGUACGCGCCUCCACCCGGCUUUCCUGGUUUACCGAUGCCGUAUGAUAGUCUGCCGCCUCCACCACGAUACUACGAGGGGCUACCGAUACCCGAAUACCCGAUGCCACCCGGAUCCAUCCCGGGCAGUGUGACUGGGGCGGGUGGUAUGCCAGCACCACCGCGGAGUCACGCCGCCGCGGCCGCUGCCGCUGCCGCCAUGUACGACAAGCGAGCGUACGAACAGUCGAUGGAGGAGUUUAUGUGGAAGUCUAGCAACAACAUGGGUGGAGGAGGAGCAGCUGGCGGGGGUGGUGGUGGUGCUGGCGGUAGUCAAAGCGGAGGGCUCGGCAGCGUGGUUGGCGGGCUCGUCGGAGGCGGAAUACCGACCAUGAAGGGUCCCCCGCCGCCGAUACCGAACCACGGCUACCAUGUACCACCGCCAGCCAUUCCUCCCAUGCAUCAUCAUCAUAACAUGCACCGGAAGAACGAUCGUGGGGACGGUGGAAAUUCAUCGGAUCGUGGCCAGCAGCGUGGGGGCGGUGGGGACCGAGACCGUUCGAAUCAUCGUGGCGAUCGUAAUCAGCAGCAGCGCGGAACUGGUGGCGGUGGCGGCGGUGGAGGCGGGCGUGGGUAUAAUAAUCGGGACAGGCGAUGAUUUGAAGAUUCAACGUUCCAGCAGUAUUCCUCGUUCGAUCGGUGGGACAUUUAGUAACGAGGUCCAGCUCGGAUUGAGCAUCGAAUUGAAAGUGAAUCUACUACAACGCAAACAUUGUCGCAACCCUAAGGAAUCGAUGGUGUUUUGAAGCUGGGAGCAGAAAAGGAUCAGUGUUCUAAUCUGGUUCUAUCUUUAUUCUGGCUGAACCUGCUGCAUCGACGAGGGAGACGAUCGAUCCGAUCACUGUGUGCAAUAAUCAUCAACCCACUCCACCAUCAUCAUCGUUUUGUCACGCUGCCUCCUUUUUGCCAGAGAUCCUAAGGCGAAAGUACGAAACAUCAUAGCAGACAACUUGCGCUCCGUGCCUCGCAGCCAUCUACGAUCAAAUCGAUCUAGUGCAUCGCCUGCGGGCAUCACCUCGCUUCAGCAACAUCUUUCACAAAACAGAACUCGAAAGCACAUACACACAACACCUACACCGCAACAUCAAACAUCUCUACAUCCACUCCGGGACGUCAGCUGUAUUAUCCGAUUUGUUUGAGAGUGUAUUUUUAGGAAGUCAACUUCCAGCAACUCAUCGUUCGUUAAACGCGCCACUAGAUCACCGUCAUGUCGGUGAGACAACAAGUUGCGUUUAUACCAGUGUAGUGCAGAAGCUGCACACAUGGCAGAAGCAUCUAUGACACCGUGGGAAAGGCGCCAGCGAUCUCUUGCGGCCGGCAUAUUUCGGAAUAGCCGGCGUACCGAAACAUCUGGAGCCAAAUGCCGAAAGCAGUAGCAGCAACACGGGGAUGGCCUAGAGGAGAUAGUACGACUCAGUGUUUGUACUACUCCUUCCCGGUUCAUCCCCGCUCAUUGUAUUGGGUUGUGCGCGAGUGCGAAUCUUGCAUCACAAAAUGUGUCCGGUCGAGUGAUGUGUUGCGAAUUGAAAUUGGUUGCGCCGAUGAAGAUAAUCCGUGCACGUUCCUGUGAGUGUGUCUUUGGUUGGUUACGGUGUUCCAAAGUGAUUAGAUGGUGUGAUAACGUCCUAUUCUGCGAAAGGUGUUCAAUUUUGGGUGGCUAAGAUACGGAAACAUAAACGUAAAAUAGUUUACUUGACGUCUGCUACACCUACAGUCAAUGGAUUAAAAAAAAAAUCUGGAGGCAGUUAGGUACCGUGAAAUGAUAAUUGUGAUGAUAAAGCUGAUGCUGGGUAAUGCGAGUUUGGUUAGGCAUGAUACAAGAAGAGACAUUUUAAUGAUAGAAGAAGGACGUAGGUCAUGGUGAAAAGAAUGUCUAAUUUAAACCCUGUAAUCGGGGUAUAGAAUAAUGCCAGUAUUUCUUGGCAUCACCAGAGGCCGAAUGUUAGUGAUGAUUAGUUUUUUAUUCAAAAAACCACCAAGUAAUAUUUCACCGAAACAAAGACUUCCCUUUUAUAUAAAAAAACAUCUGCGACUGAUCGACAACUAACUGCAAGUGUAACAAUUAAAACGAUUCAAAAAUAACAAAUGAACUGAAUUGGUAACGAGCAUCCAUGGGAGAAAAGUAAAAUUAACGUUCUCUCAUUCUAACUAAACAACUAUCCUUGAUCAAAUAAAACCAUACUAUGGAUUAUAUGACGCCAAACAUCAAUCGAAACGUUGACACAACAUGACAAAAAAGCGUAACGGCUUACAAAUGAUGAUUGCAUACGGCCAUGCAAUAGAAGAUUAGGCAUGCAGCGCCCCAGGAAAAGGAAAAUGUUUAUUUUUAAGGGCGCUCUUUGUGAUCAACAAAAAGAAAUUUGGACGCUAUGUUUCUAUGCGAAGAAUUCGCGGUGGUACAACUCAUGCUCUACGUAUCAUAAAUACGCUAAACAGCAGGCGGCAAAAAAUCUUCCCAUUCUGGUGCGCCGCCUUUAGUUGAGUCGAGUCGAGUGAAAUCGCGUGUGGACCUUUUUUUUAUAAAGUGUGUGCGUGUGUAUUACAAACCUGAACUUUUCCCAACUUAUUUUAACACCGAAAUGGGCUGAAUCAUGAAUCACAUUAUCGAAUGAUCUGGAGGAAUUAGGCACAAUAGAAAGUAUAAUCAUGUUGAACAAAUAAAGAGCAUGAGUAGGCAAAUAAACAGCGAAACAUCCUCCAAACUGCAGUCUCCGUUAGGCAUAUAACCGUUAGGCACAUACAGACCCGAGCUGCAGUCGUUAGGCAUACAUAGAUUUUGGCUUACCACGAUUCAGAAUUAUUGCGUACCAUAAAGUUCCCUGCAAACGCGAAAUAAGUAAAGAAACAAAUCAUACAAACCAACCGGAGCCAGAAAAUGGCUAAAAAAAUGCGUUUAACUAUAGUAACAAAUGAACUUUCAUGUUGCGGUAACACCUUUCUCGUACAGCUACAAUACACACAGUAUAAAUGUAUUCAAUAAAGUUUAAAAAACAAAACCGUAACCGAAGCCCAACCAACCUGAAAUGGACCAUUGCCGUUUUGUGACGGCGCCACGAAAAUCAAAAGCUCCGGCGAAGCGAGAGAGAGUGAAGUGUGUGCAGAAAAGUGACGCCAUCGAUCGAUCGAUCGAUAUGUUAUGCCCUCACACUUUCCCAUAACCACCAAGAAUUCUACAACCUUCCCUUCAGCUCUCUCCCAGCAAGUGGCGGGGGGCGGGGUUGUUCGACGAUAAGGGAAGGUGUGUAGGCGCGAAAGAAAACAUGUGUGACAGAUCGAUGCGUGCGUCGCGGAAGAUCGACAAUAUAUGUCGAGUGUGUUUACUGUGUGUGCUACUAGUUGGAUGAUGUGUCCAGUUGGUUUAUUUGUAAUCCGGUCCCUUGGUAAACAAAAGUGUGGACACUAGUCCGAGGGACCAUCAGAAGGGGGUGGAGUAGCCUGUGAGAGUGUUGUUGGGCGAGCAAGGGAAAAACCACUGCAUGGGGAAGGAUUUAUUCAUAACAAAAGAACUUUCCGACGUGUUCCUUUUCCAGUUUUGGGAAAUCUACAACUGCGUCUACCCGAAUUCCCAAUACAAACGCCUACACUAUUGAGUUGUGCGUUGGACGGAUGUUGAUCCUGAGGAUAGUUGGAUUGCAACUAAAAUGAAACACCCAAAGAAUGAUCUUGCCAACGAAGGUUUACAUUAAGCCGACCACCACAAGUGUCGGUGUCUUUUCGCAGUACCCCAAAACAGUGCAACCGUUUAAUUUAUGCUAAAGUGCUAUGAACCGUCUGCCAAGGCCAGACGUUGGUUAGUGGAAGUGUUUGUAGGAAACAAAAAAAAAACCGGCCGGACGGCAACUUUAGUGUGAAUCACCGGUCGGUUUAUUAUUACCAAAUGUACGAACUUUGCGUCCCACCUACGCACUACCGAUGAUGCACACGCUGUACCUUGAAAUGUGCAUACGUGCCUGCAUCAAACACCACGAAACGUGUGUCAAUGGCAGAUCUCGUGUGAUAAUCGCAAACGAGUUGCGGCGGGGGCUCUCGCACACACUAAAAAGGCGUUCAAAAAAGGACCCUUUCCUUCCUAAGGACUACUUGUUGCACCAUUGCCUCCAGUGUGAACGCCGCCACAUGCGGACCCUAAACAACGCUCGUUGAAUAAGUGUUUUUUCUCGUCGAGGCGGAAAAUGAAAAUUGCGGCCACAUUUACUUCUCCCCAGUCGAUAUUGAGCUUGGCCUGUAACUGUGUCAAAUGUACAACAGAAGAGAAAGAGAGAGAGAAUUAAGAGACUAUUCAAACUAAUUUUACUGAAACCAAAUGCUUUUGUGACAAGACAGACCAAUGGAUUCCACGAAUCCUAUAGAUACCGAUGCAUUUAUUGAUUAUAUCUAUUAGUUCACUUUCCGUGAAAGUGCAGACUGCAACGAUAUGCGCUUGUGGCGUACUGCUCAUCACCAUCCUGCCUAACCUGGUUGGGUAACAUUUUUCGUGUUCCUCUGUUGCUGUUGUUGGUGUGAACGUUUUUUCGGCAACGACCUCUGGACCUCUCGAGGAAGAUAAAUGCCCAGAUGUGAGACGAAACAACACAAACACACCAAACGGUCCAACAUUUCCGACCGACUGGAAGGCAAUUUGUAUUCUGCUGACAUCAAGACGUCAGGGAUCACCUGAAGACGGCAGCGAUGAACUCUCAACUAAUUUUUUUAACGGUCAGAUCUAAUGAAUUAUAAAGAGUUUUAAUGAAUAUCGUGAACAGAGGGGCAUGUGAUAGUAGAAAUCAAAGCUAGCCAGUUGAACUUUUUUUAUGCAAACGUUCUCAGUAUAAACAUGCCUCUGUCUACUUGUACAUGGUAUAACACGUGCCUGCAUUUUUAUAGUAAUUUUGGAUCCUUUUGGAGUAUUUAUUUUACCGUAGCUGACCUAGAGCGAGAAAAAGGUCGUCGACGAUGAUAUACCUUUUAGGCAGGCCAACCUGCAUCUAUGUUCCUUGUAAUGUAACUGAUCACAUCAAAUCUCGUUUGUAGAAGGAUUUAAAAAUGAAAGAGGAAAAAAUCUACCACAUCAAAGAUACGAAUUUGGACUUGUUUUAGUUAAUCGUGUUGGUAGAAUCUGUGCAACCAGAUAAAGAUGUCUAUCGAUGUUAUUACAAAAAGCGAUAUAUAUAUUCAUAGAUAUAUACAGAUUUAUUGAUGUUCA